AUGCGUUGCUCGGCGUGCAAUUACUAUUCGUGGAGUUACUUCAUCGCAUUUGGUGAAAUCUUCAUCUCGUUUCACAUCGCCCGAGCCUUCCUGCAUUGUGCCCGUUCGACGAGUGUUGCACAGGAGCUAGCCUGCAAUGAUGUGGAGCCUAUCUUUGUGUUGCUUGUGCUGUACAAUUUACUAUCACUGCUGCUUAUCAUCGGUGUGACAAAGCGCAAUGAAAAGUUACUACAGAUUUAUCAAACAUGCACAAUCACCCUGAAAGCAUCGGCCAUCGUGCGCCGGAUAGUGCUCAGCGCGACAGAGUACAACGAGAACAAUGUAGGCAAAACCAUCAUUGAGCUUAAAAUCAUCAUUGUCUUUACGCUGAUAUUCACCCUGGAAGCGCUCGUGGUCGCUGGUGCCUGUCGAAAGAUGCGUCGUGAACAACAGGAACAGCUUUACUACAUCGAUGUGGUUUAG